ACGUCCACGUCCCCGUGGUGUCCGAGUCCUACCGGCUGCGAUGCGUUACGCGCCCCAGCUUUAGAAAAAAAAACAAAAAAAACAGAGAAGGGAAACUUCAUAGAAAUGGCGGAGGGUGCUACGACUCUCAAAGGCUUGCGAGCCCAACUGGCUGCAGCUGCGCAAGCACAAGCCGAGGAGCGGCGCAGCCUGGCAGGGAACAGCCCCGGACCGACAUCCACGGCACAAGCUAAACCUCAGGGGGGCAGGCCAGUCAUUGACGGUGCUGCACUUAGAAUAGACGACCGACUGCGAGUGGCAAAAGAAAGGCGAGAGGAGGCAGAGAGACAACAGGUUCUAAAAGACUCUCAGGUCAUGGAGCGGGAGCGCAAGGCCAAGGUGCAAGUAGAGCGUCAGAUGGAGGAGCGUCAGAAAAAGGUUGAUGAACAGCGAAGAAAGGAGGAGCAGAAGCGAUUGGCUGUGGAGGAGAAGAGAAAACAGAAACAGGAAGAGGAAAAGGAGCACUACGAGGCAAUGAUGCGGCGGACAUUAGAGCGUAGCAAUCGAGUGGAGCACAGGCAGAAAAGAUGGUCCUGGGGAGGAUUGUCCACCGACUCAGACGGGCGGACAGGAGACUCUGAUGCCAGCUCCUCGUCUCCAGUAACUAUAGUUAUCUCCCCUGCCUCGCCAGAAAAGCCACCCAGGAGUCGACAAGUGGACAAGCGCUCCACAUCCACCAUGAACCUGAAACAGCCGUCCGAGGCUGGCAUCAGCAAACGCCUAUCCUCCUCCUCUGCCACCCUUGUCAAAUCUCCCGACAAACGUGUUAAGCAGAGGAGUUCAUCUUGUAAUCGGUUGCCUAACAAUGGCAAUGCUGCUCUGGCCAGUAAGGAAGACGGCAAAAAGCCUCAUGUGGAACCCACAGGCCGUUCCGUCAAGAAGAGAAGCGCCUCCCUCACGCGAGUACGUGAGGGCAGAGCGCAGAGCCCCGCCAAGCCCGAUGAGGCCACACCGGAGGAGCAAGCUCGCAGGCCACCGGCCGGCACUGUGGACGAAGGGGUUCUUAGUCGCCUGCUCACCCCCACCCAGGCCUCACUAGCUAGGAGCAAGAGCGCCGCGGCCUUGUCGGCGGAAGGAACGAACGCUCCAGGUAACCUCGGAAAACGAUUUUCAUGUAUGACUUCCUUCACCUUUAUGGGACGGCAGAAGGACAGGCCGCUAACAUCGCCGGGACGGCAGCGUCCCGCCUCUCCAUCUUCCACCCUGGGACGCAACCGUUCACCCUCCCCGGCGCCCAACCCCGCUCCAAAGAGGGCCCCCUCCCCGACAUUAUCCAAGCAAAGUCCCAGGACGCGCCCACCCUCACCCGGCGCAAUGAAGCAACGUCCCCCGUCCCCCCAGCCGGCGUCGGCCAAACCUCCACCUAUCCAGAAACCGGCUCUCACUCCAACAGGGCCCCCCACCCUGCGAAAGAGGGACUCCAAGUCCAAGGAUCUGUGUCCUGUGCAGGCUUUGUCUCCACAGGCGUCUGAUUCCAACAAGACCAAAGAGAAAGACGACCCCAAAGCCUCGACGGGCACCAACUCGGCCGCUGAGGCCGCCAAGAUCCUGGCGGAGAACCGCAGACUGAUGCGAGAGCAGAAGGAGAAAGAGGAGCUGCUCCGGGUACAGAGGGAAGAAGAGGAGAAGCUGAGGAAGGAAGAAGAGAUGCGCUUGGCCGAGGAGGCUCGACUGAAACGCCUGGAGGAGGACAAGAAGCUCGCCGAGGAAAGGAAAAUUCAAGAUGAGGAAGACGCCCGCCUGGCAGAGGAGGAGCGGGUGAGAAUGGCAGAAGAGGAGGCGGUGAAACAAGCCGAGCUCCAAAAGGAACGGGAGGAGGCCGAGGUCAAGGCCGCGGAGGAGGCCGAGAAAGUCCGUCUGGAGAGAGACCGCAUCAUGCAGCAGAACCAGCAGGAGCGGAUGGAGAGGAAGAAGAGGAUUGACGAAAUAAUGAAAAGAACCAGAAAAGGGGACCAAAGCGACAUGAAGGGAGAUGGAGGCGAUGACGAUAAACCGGACAAUGAAGAGGAGGGAGACGACUAUGAAACCCAGAGCCAGUCAGACGGCAUGGCCAUGGAGGAUGACGAUAAAGACGAGUGUGGUCUAUCCUCUGGGGAGCCCGAGGCGCGGAGGGAGGAGCCCCUGGGCAGCGUGAACGGGGAGCAAGAGGCGCACGAUAAGGAGAAUAACAACGGCAGAAGCACAGCGGAGAGUCAGGCCGUCAGCCCGGUCCCUGACAGCCGCCUCGUCGAGGGCUCGGAGUUCCUGAAUGAGCAGGACUCCGCCAAGGUGGGCCGGGUCUCGGGCCUCAAUGGCAAGUCCACACAGUGGAGCUUCGAGGAGCUCCUUGACCUCAACGUCCACUCGAAGGCUCUGCCCCUCAUCGAGGCGGAGGACUGUAACCAGGUCUUGAUCCACUGCGACGAGAGCUCGGACGGGACCAGGGUAGCCUUUGAGGACAAGGGAACCCCCGUCGGAACCCUGCAUUCCUCUAAUCAACCCAUAGAGGCCCUCCCAGAGAUUUGAUGCUGCAGCCGUCGCUGAGAAGCCUCUUCCUGUUGCACUCGUGAAGUUCCUGUCUAGCUGAGCUCCGUUAAAAAACGUGUCCUGUACCGUACCCAACACCUCCUCCAGAAGGAGGAGCACAAGGUGAAGCGGAAAGACCACCCCAAGUGCUACAUUUGCACCCCACAUUAUGAGCAAACAUUUACGAAUUCCUAUAAAUUAUAAAGUGACGCUUCAGGGAAAAUUCCACACAUGGCGUCAACAUGCUCACUUCAGGUGUCUUUCCUCUUCCUCUUGUGUUCAUUUUUGUUUUGUGUCCAAAGUUGAUGUUUUUUAUGAGUUUUGUCUUUGUCAGGGGUGCAUUUGAUGUAAUUUAUUAAUUUUUGGCUUCUUUGUUAUUGUAAUUAUUGUUCUAUGUUUAGUCUUUUUUGUUUUCUCUUGUCUGAGAAUAUUCCAGGACGCGUGCACAUUCGGCUGUAUGAGUUGAACGUGAGUUAAAGGAAGGGCCGUUCACACAUUCUGUUCUGUCUGAGGUUCGGUGAGGAGAGCAUCCCGGGAUUCGCAUGUGAUCUAAAUUUACCCAAACCGGCUGCUUCGAGCAGCAUGCAGCAAUAAUAGCCUUAACAUUUUGGUCUCUAACUUCUAACUUAAAGUGUGCAUGUGCUGAGUUGCUUGUGCUAAGGCUCGUGCACGGACACUUUAGCGCUGGUGCGUUUACGCUGGGGAGUGGAUUCUGUGUUCACACCUCGGGUCACACGCUCUGUCCUUCCGGCUCCUCUCAGCAUGCGUUUGCUUCUUUGGCCACCAGAGGGCGGCAGACGCACGCUUCCAACUGUUACAUUUUAAGCUGAGAAAUGAAAUUCCUUUCAGCAGUUAGGUCAUGUAGGGCUUGUUCGUGUUUAUUUUUAUAUAUGUACAUAGAAUUUGUGUUUACUAACGACACCGUUUGCAUCAGUACCAGAGUUGGUCCAGUUUUAGUCUCCACCACACAGCUGCUUCAGUAGAGGGUGAAGUCAUUCGCAGCUGUUUUUGAGCUCAAACUAAAAAUGAGUUUAUCCAAUUAUCUGGGUUCAAUUUAAGCUCAACAUACACAUCCACGUGCACUGUUCCAUCUGUCUAUCGGUCCGUGCGGCUCUUUCAAUCAGUUCCAUUCAUUUCCCACUAACUAUCCCUAUUGGAAAAGUCUUGACCCGAGAGCUACUACAUCUGACUAAACGCAUUUCAAUUAUUAUUUUUUUUACAAUAUAAAAUUGGAUUGUUUUGUUUAUAUAUGAAAAUACAUUUCUACAUAUAUUUAAGUGUUAUUGUGUUGUGUGUGUAUAUAAUCAGUGUUAGGCGAAAGAAGCCAUGUUUCGGAUGGAGUGGCGUCUCUGUGUGUGUGUGACCGUGCUACACUGUGUUAGCUUUCGGUUCCACUCGUGCCCUGCGACAGGGCGGUCAGGUCUGGGCAGCCGGGCAACAUUUACAUGAAGCCCUCGUCCACGUGAGCUCUGCAAAAAAAAAAAGAAAAGAAAAAUGGGCCACUUAGUUACUCAAAAUACGCUGUGUGUAUUUCUGUUUGUUGGCUUUCUACCCCAAAUACCAAGCGUUGAUGCAGAGUCUGCUCUCAGAGGUUUAAUGAGCUGCCUUUGAUGCCCAGUUGUCAGAACACCUCAGCCGGGCUUCUUAACGUCACUUUCUCACAAUGGGUUUUGCGUGGUGUCGAUGGGGAUGCUUCUAUUUGGCGUAUGGGAUCAGAUUUGAUCUGGUCUUUGUAGUUUGAGGCAGGGCGCAUGCAGCAAACCAGAUACGACUCAAGUCAGGAAGGUUUGUGUCUCGUCAGGAUUGUCACGACUCGUAUGAGACUCAAUACUCUAAACAGUCCACGCUCGAGGUUCGCGGACCUUUUUCUUAAUUGUUGCCGCCUUCUCUGCUGUCUAACUAAAAUAUCUUUGUACAUAAUAAGUCGCACAGCUUUCGAUCUUAAUUAUAUGCUCAAAGAAUGUAACUCCAUAAAGCGUCCUUCAUUACUUACCGUGUCUGUCCCAGCUGCCCGCUUUUUUGCUUUCCAUUAUUUCCAUUAUUCAUCUGGGAAAACACAAAUUUCUCACCGUGUGUUGAAUGAAAUUGGUUUCUGAGGAGUCGAUUUAUAUUGUAAGGCGAGUUGUGUGAAAAAGUAAUUGGUUCUUGACUGGAUUUUUCAGAAGUGUCAUUAUCAUCCCAGACUUGUCUGUAUCCAAAUUUACCCCAAACUCAUCCUACUCAUCUUUCCACUCACACACUGAUCUACUGGGGGGGCGGCUGUUGUAGCUGCUGCUUGAACAGAUGCUGUACCUCUUCUGGAGUACAGAGCUGACUGCUUUAAGUCCUUAACCCCAAUAGAAUAGAACGGUGCCUUAGAAUGAUAUUUAGUGGUUUUAUUAUAUCACACUUGACUAAGAAAGCUUUUCCUUACCUCGGCCUCGACAAUCACGUCUAUCCAACUGGGGCGACUUAGUGAAUUUCUUUUUUUUUUUGGGAAGAUUUACAGACCUACCAAUGCCCUGUCCACGAGUAAAAUUUGUACUGUAAAUAUAUCUUAAGUGUACUGAGAUGAUACAAACUGUUAAUAACGAAUAAAGUCUUGCAAAGAUG